UCUGGUACGAGGACUGCGUGGGAAAGCACAGAAGCUGAUUAUCUAUAAACCUUCGACUGAGAUUUCACAGAAUCACCCCAUCUUGACUUUUGUCCUUCAUGUCUGUUACCAAAGUCCACGCUCGCCAGAUCUUUGACUCUCGUGGCAACCCCACCGUCGAGGUCGACCUUUACACUGAUAAAGGUCGUUUCCGUGCUGCUGUCCCCUCUGGUGCAUCCACUGGUGUCCACGAAGCUGUCGAGCUUCGCGAUGGCGACAAGGCCAACUACGUGGGAAAGGGUGUCUCAAAGGCUGUCAACAACGUGAACACUGUUCUUGGUCCAGAGCUGAUCAAGUCUGGCCUCAAGGUCACUCAGCAGAAGGAGAUAGAUGACCUUCUGAUCAAGCUUGAUGGCACUCCUAACAAGGGCAAGCUCGGGGCCAACGCUAUUCUUGGCGUUUCUAUUGCCGCUGUGGAGGCUGGUGCUGCUGAGAAAGGUGUUCCUGUAUACCAGCAUCUCGCUGAGCUGGCUGGUGUCAAGCCCCCCUAUAUUAUGCCUUGUCCUGCAUUCAACGUCAUCAACGGUGGUUCGCACGCAGGUAACAAGCUGGCAUUCCAGGAGUUUAUGCUUCUUCCUACCGGUGCUACUUCAUUCACUGAAGCGAUGAAAAUUGGUACCGAGACCUACCACACGCUGAAGAAGGUCAUCAGCGCAAAAUACGGUAUUGAUGCCGUCAACGUCGGUGAUGAAGGUGGAUUUGCUCCCAAUGUCUCGGGAGCCGAGGAGUCUCUGGAACUGCUCACUGAGGCUAUCAGCAAGGCCGGAUACGAAGGCAAGAUCAAGAUUGCUCUUGAUGUUGCUUCAUCCGAGUUUUACAAGGACGGCAAAUAUGACCUUGACUUCAAGAACCCCAACUCUGACCCUCAAAAGUGGAUCUCAGGCACUGAGCUCGCAGACCUCUACCUCAGCUACGUCAAGAACUACCCCAUUGUCUCCAUCGAAGAUCCUUUCGACCAAGAUGAUUGGGAGGCAUGGACUCACUUCACCAAGAAUAGCUCAGUCCAGAUUGUUGGUGAUGACUUGACUGUUACCAACCCUCUUCGCAUCAAGACGGCCAUCGAGAAGAAGGCAUGCAAUGGUCUCCUCUUGAAGAUCAACCAAAUUGGUACCAUUUCGGAAUCCAUCCAGGCUGCACAACUUGCUCAGUCUGAUGGCUGGGGAGUCAUGGUGUCACACCGCUCUGGUGAGACGGAGAACACCAUCAUUGCUGACUUGGUCGUUGCCCUUGGAACCGGUCAGAUCAAGACCGGUGCGCCCGCUCGUAGCGAGCGUGUCGCAAAAUACAAUGCAUUGCUGCGCAUUGAGGGCGAGAUCCAAGACGGAGUGUAUGCUGGCGACAAAGGUCUUUCCGCUGGUUUGGCGGCACCUGCUCUGCUCAAAAAGUAGAUCGAGAGAUGCAUGGACCAGUGACGGGAAGCUCAACUGUAUGAUUCAUAAUUUAGGUAAAUGCCAUGUUGACAAGUGUACGUUCGAUCAUGACGAUAACCCAAACAUUUUCAAAUGCCUGAAUGCACGUCAUAUGUAACUAUGUCGCGAUACGUUGAGAUGAAAGAUAUAGUAUUCUUGUCGUUGUAUUCUGUAAUCGAUUUGAUUGCGAUUA